AAACCAGAGUUAUCUCUCUCUCUCUCUAAAAAAAUUCACAUGAAAGAGGUACCGCACCCAACAAAGCUUCCACCUUUAUUCUACUCCUUCCUUUCUCAUUACUCAAUCCAACGGGCUCCAUUUCUCCCUCCUCAAUUCCUUCUCUUGCAUGACGCAGGACCCCUGUUCUUUUCUCGCUCUUCCUCCUCUGUUUCUCUCUCUUCUCUUCUCUUGUUGAACCUCCUCUUUCUGAUCUUCUUUCUGCACGUGAAGAAGAGAGAGAGAAAAGCUUCAAAGAUCGUUGAUUUUGGUUCUGUUUUUCAUCAGCCAUGGUGGACGUUUUGAGAAACAGUAUCUGUGUUCCUUGUUCUCAUUUUGUGGGCCUAAGUUCGUCUUCUUCAUCGGUGAAUCAAGUCCCGAAGGCUUUCUUCAAAACCCAGUUUCAUGGCCGGCCUCUGGUUCUUCGGCAACCCAAUCCACCUUCUUUCCCCAAUCCGAGCUCCCAAGGCCUAUCCAUCCAGGCACAAACUGCCAAUCUGGUUAUUGGAAAGGCCUUGAGAUGGUGGAAGAAAGGGUUGCAACCCAAUAUGAGAGAGAUUAAGAGUGCAGAAGAUCUUGUCCAAAGUUUACGAAACGCCGGCAAUAAGCUUGUAAUUGUAGAUUUCUACUCCCCUGGUUGUGGAGGAUGCAAAGCCCUUCACCCAAAGAUCUGCCAAUUUGCAGAGACGAAUCCAGAUGUUCAAUUUCUCCAGGUUAACUACGAAGAGCACAAGUCCAUGUGUUAUAGCUUAAAUGUUCAUGUUCUUCCCUUCUUUCGCUUCUACAGAGGAGCUCAUGGCCGUCUCUGCAGCUUCAGCUGCACCAAUGCAACGAUAAAGAAGUUCAAGGAUGCACUGGCAAAACACACAACAGAGAGGUGCAGCCUUGGACCAGCAAGAGGACUGGAGGAUCACGAGCUCGAGGCUUUGGCUGCAAACAAAGAACUGUCAUUCAAUUAUUUGCCUGCAAAACCAAUGUCAUUGCCUAGUGCAGACAUGGCUCCUGUUCCUGUAAAUAUAGACUCGACCCAAUUCGCAACCAAGAAAACUAGUCAAGAAUCACAGGAGAGAGAAUUGGUUGCGACCGGUGGUCGAUAAUACCGGAAUAUAUUUGAUACCGGGGUCUUUGAAAUCAACGAAGAAGAUCUCGCAAACCAUCCACUUCUUGUACAGUCUGGAUUUGGGUUUGCUGCUUGUUGUGGUGUACUAUAAGGAGUAGAGGAGUUGGAAGAGAGAGGUGGCUUUCUCCUCUUUGUUUUCCCCUGUGUUUUCCCCUCUGUUCUUUGUACAUGGGCCCCUCAAGUUGCAGGCCUUUGGGUUUUUAUUCAUGGCCUGCCUUGCCAUACUGGUUGAAGCCCUGUAAUAUCAUUUGCGCUCUGUAUCUGUUCUUAUGUUAUGGUUGGUUUAUCCGUCAUUGUUGAACUGUUUUGAGGUGUACAGGGAAGUAUGGUUUUGGACUCAUUGGGUGCUGGGUCUGGUCGCCUUCAAGGCCAUUCCAAGUUUCCUAUAAUGGUGCUUUCUCUUCUCUUUUUACCCCUUCUGGGUAUAAUAUCACUUUGCUAUCCUUUAACCUGUAUUAAUCUUGUGGAAAUUGAACUGUAUUUGGUUUUUGGGUUAAGGAAUAGGAUUGAUUGAUUUGGAGUAGUGUGUGAUGUAUUUGGUCUUUAGGUAAGAAACUGGAGUUUAUUUGAUUUUUUAGAA